UGACCUGGCCUGUGAAAAUCAAUCCAAACUCACGCGGCGACGACUCUUCAGGUUAAACUUGAUGAGUUGAGUCGAAUCUGUGUAACAUUCAUAAAUUACGUGAUGUAAGAGAAUCUUUAGAUAAACUGCCAAAUGAUUCCGUGGAAUUGAAACACAUGGACUGGUUCUCGAGAAGUGAGGCAAUCGUAGGAUAAACUGCCAAAUGAUUCCAUGGAACUGAAACACAAGGAACCGGUUCUCGAUUCCUAUCCCUAUGCAAGAUCACAAUGAACAAAGAUACCCAAACAGUGAAUAUAAGUUAUCCUAUUAUAUCGGCUGAGAUUAAAAAAUAUCGGCCCGAUAUAUCGGUUGACCUUUAUAAGAAAGAUCUAAACAGUGAACAUAACCGUUAUCCUAUUUUAGAAGCUCUAAAUUGGCUGAUGGUUGAUCUUAGAAAAUAAAUCGGCUAGCCGAUAUAUCGGUCGAUCUCUGAUAAGAAACAAUCCUAUUUAGUUCCCCCUUGAUUUUGUGCAUUUUUCGAUGCGUGAAAAUGAUAAAUGUGGGACUACAUACUAACAUUUUUUGGGGUGAAAAUCCCUCGUUUUUGGGUGAACUGGGACUUUUUGGUGAAAAUCAAGUUUUUGGGACAUUUCAGAGUCAGAACAGUGUCAGUCAAUUUACGUGUUCUGCAACCAUGCAUGCGAAAACAUUAUUUAUUUGUUCCGAGCUGGAGGAAUUUACGAGUCGGGUGAGCGCGAUUCGUCAUGCGCGCACGCCUUCGGUGUAGCCCUCCAGCAAUGUGAUGACGAGUGCAUAGUGACGCCGGUGUGUGUUUUGCAUGGAAACGUCAAUUAAAAACAUAAUGUCCCCGUUGGGGUUGAAUGGAAUGCAGACGAAGGCGUGGUCAAAGUAUUUAUAACUGAAAUAACUAGUCCAACUUAAGGUGAGAAUCAUUUCUCUCAGUCUUUUCUAAGCUCCGGCAUCUCGAGUUAUUCAUUUUCAGCAUGCAACAAGUGGACUUGGAAAUCGAGGAGAACCUGGAACAACACCGGACGGAUGGUUUCAGCCACUCCAAAACUCUGGUGGUCCGAAGAGGAGCGCCGUUCAGAGUCAGUUUGCCCGGGACAGCUCGCCCUUUUGACACAUUGAGGGUCAAAAUCAUGCUUGGCCGCUUGUACGUGACGGUGCCUGUGAGUCCUUCCCCGAACUGUCCGCCGUCCCGUUGGGGUGCUUUUAUGGACCCCGAGGGAAGCGCGAGCAAGCCCUCGGUGUUCAUCUGGAGCCCCGCUUCGGCCUCAGUGGGACGUUAUACUUUUAAGAUGUUGGCAUUCGUCCAGGACAAGCUGAAGUUUCGUGCUUCGGGCAAGUUCAUCUUGCUGUGCAACCCUUGGUGUCGUGCUGACAGUGUCUUCAUCCCAUUUGAGGACCAGCGAGAGGAAUACAUCCAGGAUGACUCAAGUUUGCUUUUUAUGGGGACAUCUACCAACAUUGUGUCCAGACCUUGGUCCUUGGACCAGUUUGAACCUGACGUCCUGGAAGCGUGUCUGAACUUGCUUGACGUCAGCCCUCAGCACCAACGCAAUGAAAAAAGGGAUUACCUGUACCGCAAGGAUCCGGUGUACAUCAGCCGAGUGGUUUCAGCCAUGAUCAACUGUGAGGAUGAUCGUGGUGUCCUGAAGGGUAACUGGUCGGGCGACUUCAGCGGCGGCGUCCACGCGUCCUCUUGGACGGGCAGUGGCGACAUUCUAAGGAGUUGGGCCCAAUCCGGCUUCCGGCCGGUCAAGUACGGCCAGUGCUGGGUGUUCGCCGCCGUCAUGUGCACAGUCAUGCGUGUCCUGGGCAUUCCUUGCCGCGUCGUCACCAACUUUAAUUCGGCUCACGAUACCAAUGGCAACCUGGUCAUCGAGGAGUUCUACAGCGAAACGGGCAAGAAGUUAAAGAGCACCAAAGACUCCAUUUGGAACUUCCACGUGUGGGUAGAGUGUUGGAUGACUCGACGAGAUUUGGACGGGGACACGGACGGAUGGCAGGUUUUGGAUCCCACCCCGCAGCAGAGGAGCAGAGGCGUGUUCUGCUGCGGUCCGGCGCCUGUCAAAGCCAUCAAGGAACGGCGCGUGAAUCUGGUCUACGACGUUCCUUUCGUGUACGCAGAGGUCAAUGCCGACGUCCACACAUCGGUGGUGAGCCAAGGUCGCGUUGUGAGCCGUACCGUUGACACUGAGCGAGUCGGGCCGAUCAUCUGCACCAAAGCCGUCGGAUUCCCCAGGAUGCACAACAUCACCGGGGACUAUAAGAACACUAAAAGUCCGUUUUCCACUCUCACAUCCAACAGCUCCUCCCACUCUGAGAGCUCGACUCUAAGCCGAAACACAGACAAAACAUCCGCCGUCCUGAUGCUGGAUAAACCCCCCGUGGCCGGCGCCGUCAUCCGUUUCACUGUGAAAGUGGUCAACGGGCAGCGCGUCGCCAAGAUGAUGAAGGUCCACCUCAACGCGCAGAUCAAAGAGUACAACAACAGCCCCGCCGAUACCUUCUGGGAAAACCACGGCGUCCUCCAACUGGGCCCCCUGGAAGUGAAAAUUCUGAGGCAGCAGAUCCUUCCGGAGGUGUACGAGGACGUGGUGGGGGACGACAUGGUCAACCUGGCGGCAGUGCUGGAGGACGUGGCCACUCACGAGCGCGUGCUGGCGUUCCAGGAGUUCAACGUGACUGUACCGGAACUCAUCAUAGAGAUCCAAGACGAGGACAACGUAACGCUCAACUGCGAGCACGCGGCCACCGUCGCCUUCAGCAAUCCGUUCUCGCAUCCCGUAAGCGGCGUGCUGAGCGUGUCCGGCGCCGGCCUCCUGCGAGGUCACGUCAACUUCAGGAUGUUCCCGUUGCGUCCGGGUGGAAGCGGGAAGCAACGCAUCAAUAUCCUGCCCACCAUGGCGGGGCGGAAGAUGCUUCAAGCUUCGCUAAUGCUCUCCAACAAGGCAACUGUCAGAGGAUUCAAAAUGGUCUCCGUGCGCCGUCCUUAGACACAAAAUCUUUUCAUUUUUUUGUUGUCAAAUGUGAAUGUUGAACACUUGAACUUUUUUUUUUUUUAACUUGUCAAGCUGUGACAUAAAAUCAUACACUUAUCCUAUGUUAAAGAAUUAACUUAUUGGCAGCCAUUGACUGCGCUAGACUUCCAAUGUAUUUUUAUACAUACAUGCUAAUAAUUACUUUAAAAAAUGCACUAUUGUCCUAUGUGUUAUCGAUCAAUUAGGGCUGUCAAACGAUUAAAAUUUUUAAUCGAGUUAAUUACAGCUUAAAAAUUAAUCGUAAUUAAUUGCAAUUCAAACCUUCUCUAAAAUAUGCCAUAUUUUUCUGUAAAUUAUUGUUGGAUAGACAAGAUAAGACAAGACGGAUAUAUAUACAUUCAACAUAUGGUACAUAAGAACUGUAUUUGUUUAUAACAAUAAAUCAAUAAGAUGGCAUUAACAUUAUUAACAUUAUGUUAAAGCGAUCCAUGGAUAGAAAGAAUUGUAGUUUUUAAAAGAUAAAUGUUAGUACGAGUUAAUAGAAAUUUUGUAUUAAAACCCAUCUUAAUGUUUUCGUUUUAAUAGAAUUUGUAAAAUUUUCAAUCAAAAAAUAAACUAGUAGCCCGCCAUUGUUGAUGUCAAUGAUUACACGAUGCUCAUGUGUGCUGAAGCCCAUUAAAUCAGUCGCACCCAAGCGCCAGCAGAGGGUGACAAAACUCCAAAAAACACAAGUAACAAGCGGACAUUGUACUGUGCUGUCAUUUUAAUCUGUUUGAGCGGGGCAUGUGCGUCAAUUGCGUCAAAUAUUUUAACGUGAUUAAUUAGAAAAAUUAAUUACCACCCGUUAACGCGAUAAUUUUGACAGCCCUACAAUCAAUCAAUUAAUGUCGCAUUCAAGGUGUUGGAUUAAAAAAAAUACACUAUGCAAUGUGUGUAGUGAAAUAAAAUUUAAUUUAUAAUUUUUAAUGUAAUUCAUUGAACACUUUGAAUGCAUUAAUUUUUAAAAUGUAUGUUUAUCUAUUUUAUUUAUGUUGUCAUUAAUUUAUGUAUGUGUAUAUAGUAUUUUUGUGAUAUUUAUAUAUAACUUGGAAAAAAAAAUGUAUUUGUUUUAUCUAGUGUUUUUUGUGAAAAUGCGCAUUUAAUGGAUUUUACUCUAUAAAUGUUUACCAUUUUAAUUUUUCAUAUUUAGACAAGUUCAACAAUUCUGUUUUAGUCAUCCUAAAAUUGUGUAUGUAUGUAUUCAUGUAUUUAUUUUUUUUAUGUGUAUGUAAAUAGGAUAACUCAAGAAUGAUCAACGGGAUUAUCAAAUUUGCAGCAAAUGUUUGUAAUUUGAGAGAGAUGUGAUUAUAUUUUGGGGUAAUGAGGUCAAAGGUCACAGAGGAUUGUUUUUUUUUGUAUGUAUAUGUUCAAUAAAGGAGCUAUGAUCAAACUCAGAAUAUGUAAAGAAAUGGAAGCAUUGAUUUUGGGGCAUUGAGGUCAAAGGUCACAGAGGUUUGUGUUGAACAAAAAGCAAGAUAUAUUGAAGAAAUAUAGAAAUAUGUAAGUAAUAUAGAGAUUUUUAUUAUCAAACCUGUAGGAAAUGUUUGCAAUAUGAAAAGGAAGCAGCGAUUGUAUUUUGGGGUAGUGAGGUCAAAGGUCAGAGCUUUGUUUAUGUUUUGUGUUUGGUUUGUGUUGAACAUAACUCAAGAAUGAAUAUUUUUCAUCAUCAAACUUGAAGGAUAUGUUUAUAAUAUCAAAUGGAAGAUGUUAUAAUAGUGACUAUAUUUUGGGUAAUGAGGUCAAAGGUCACAGAGAAUUGUAUUUUUUUUUGUAUGUUUAUGUUCAAUAAAGGAG